AUGGGCUGCAGUCACUCGACCUCAGCUGCUGACGACGCUACGUCUGCAGUCGACGUCUUGCCGGUGGAGAGCGUCGAUCCGCCUGCAGUUGGGACUUGCGAUCAAGCGAGUGGUGCUGGGUCAAGUCAUGAAGGAGCUGUCCAGUCGACGGUAGAUGACGUGGUUCCUGUUGCUGGCGCGGCUUCACUUGAAGCUGUUGCUGAAGAAGCUCAUGCUGAUGAAGAGGCAGUUCAUGUGGAAGAAGAAGCUGCUGGUGUUGAAGAGGGUGGAGAGGUUAUUGAGGUGGAGGGAGCUGGUGCUGUUUCUGUUGACGAGCCUCUCCAGGUAGAGGAAACUGUCAAUGGGGCUACAACUGAGAACGAGGUGGCUGGGACUGAGGAAGUUGCUGAAGUAGCUGUUGCUGCUGUUGAAGGGGAAGUUGAGGUCGAGGAACUUGUGCCAGCUACAGCUAUGGAAGAUCUUGUCUACACAGAGGCUGAUGCUGCAGCCGUGAAGGACUUGGUCAGUACAGUUGAAGCUGCUGCUGUUCCAUUAGAGAACGAGUCGGCUGAGGCGGAAACAGCUUGUGAGGAGCCUAUCAAGAUCGAGGAGGCUGUUGGUGCUUCUGCUGUUGAAGAGAUUGUGGAGACUGAGAUAGCUGGUCCAGCUGAAGCUGUUGAAGAGGGAAUCGAGACUGGAGAAGCUGUCACGGACAGAGCUGUUGAAAAGAGUGUUGAGGUAGAGGAAGCUCCUGCUGCUGAAGCUGAUUUAGAGGUGGUGGAACAGUCAGCAGAAGCAUCCGCACCAGCUUUGGUUGACGAGGUUGCUCUUCCACUAGACGAUGACAUCCCAGUCGAAGAGGUCAAGGAAGCACAUGUAAUAGUUGGGGAGAAGAACGUCCCUACUGAAGCAAAGCCAGACGAGGUGACCGACGUGGCAGAGUCUGUUGAUGAAGAGGAUGCGUCUGUAUCCAAGUCUGCAGUCGACGUUACUGCAGAGGAAGCAGCGCCAGUCAACGAGAACACGUCCGAGGAAGUCUCAAUUGCACGCGUGAGCGAGACCAAGCCGGCCGAAAGCUCCGUCCUCACGUUCACAGCAGAAGACGUGACGUUUGACGACAAUGGCGUCGCGUUUUACAAUUACGACGGCUCCUCAUUCAGCAGCGAGUCGAGCAAGAACGACGUGCACGUGUCAAAGCGCUACUCGGAGUUCAAAGCUCUGCAUGCGCAGCUCACUGACGAGCAGAUUACAGACCUCCCGGCAUUGCCUAAGGCCCCGUUCUUGCAGGCACGCAAUAGUCCAAGGAUGCUGGAGGACCGCAAGACGGGGUUUUCCGCCUUGCUCAAUGCCAUAGCAGCUCAUCCAACUGCCUCUCAGAGCGACGCGUUCAAGGCCUUUUUGGCGUAG